AUGUCCCCGGUGGCCGACCAGUUGGGCAGCCCGGCACAAGAAUCAUCAAGUGGGCAAGGAUCCCCAACAAAUAGCCCAUUGUCUAGAUGGUCAGAACUGGUUCAUCUGCCUGCGCAGGCUAAGGUCGGUCUUAUCAAGGGACAAAUUCCCAUACUCCUUCAUUGGAAUGCAGCUAUUGUCCUGGUAGUCAACUUAGUUGCGAUCAUCUUCCUUUCGGGCGUUAUCUCAUCUGCAUCUGAUGAUCUCGCCGACAAUUUCGGACAUUUGGGGCAUUUGCUGAGUGCACUCAUUGGCGCGACGCUGGGCAACACUGUCGAGAUUACGUCCGGCGUCUUGGGUCUUUUAAAUGGAGACAUCGUCUUUGCCCAGUCUGUUAUGGCUGGAAGUAUUCUGUCAGAUAUUCUAUUGAUAUUGGGAUGUUGCAUUGUAACCGCCUCUUACAAUAAGCAUAUCCUCAAGCUCAACAAUUCCCUCGCCAAAACACUGUCAUCGCUAAUGAUGAUUGCUGCUGUAACAAUGCUCCUUCCGACGGCCCUAUACUCGUCCUUCCCCGUCUCUCAAAUCGACGAUCGCGUCCUCCUAUUUUCCCGCGGCAUCUCCCUUGUUCUCUUUCUCCUAUACGGCGGAUACCUAUAUUCCCAUAUGAAGAGCCACAAAUAUCUGUUUUUGUCGGGGGAGGAAAAUGAGGAUGAGGAGCUUCAUACAAAUGAAGAUGAAACCCCUGGGCUCUCAAAGUCACGUUCGACCGUGUCCAGUGCGUCCAACGUUUUCGCAUUAGGCAUACGGCUCGCGGCUGCAGUGGCAGGGACUAUAUUUUGCACAGAGCUCAUAUUCGAAGGAAUUCACGAAAUAGUUGACACUCUUGGCUUUAGCCGUGUGUUCAUUGCUGUCAUUUUGGUCCCGAUCGCAAGUAACAGCACCGAAGGGAUGACAGUCAUAGCUUCAGCUCGCGACGGCGAUACUGACUCUGCAAUUCGAGUGAUUGUGGAUAGUCUGCUCCAGAUUGGGCUGUUUGUCAUUCCAUUUCUUGUCAUUAUAGGAUGGUGCAUACAGGAGCCAAUGACUCUUUACUUUAAUCCUUUUCAAUCAAGGGUUAUGUUUUUGGCCAUUUUAGUCCCUUCAAGAACCAACUUAAACCACGAUAGUAUGCCAAUUUCUUCCACUGGGCUCGAUAACCAACAGAAAAACGAAAGAGAAUGUCUGUUAGAAGAGCGUUUCAGAAAGAGCUUCCAAGAGAAUCAGGCAGAGCAGUUAUCACUUGUCUCAUUUUCCAGGCCAUUCAUAAACAAUGGUCCAGGGUCUGCGCCAGCGCAAUCUGUUCCUCUCGGUGAGUCUGUUCGGAUCACGAUAAAAACUACACUGGGUGAAAGCUAUACGAGCUAUCUUCUUCCAUUUGUUUUCCUGGGCAUUGUUGCGGGGGAGAAAGGAUGGAAUGAAUCAUAUGUCUUUCUACUGAACUUCUUAGCAAUUCUUCCCCUUGCUUCGUUGCUUUCGUUUUCAACCGAGGGGUUGGCAAAAAGUGUUGGGCAGUUACUAGGAGGAUUAAUCAAUGCAACAUUUGGGAACGCAGUUGAAAUGAUUGUGGGAAUCACGGCCGUCGGUCGGGGAGAGACCAACAUUGUACAGUCGAAUAUGGUGGGGAGUAUACUAUCUGGGAGCCUUUUGAUUCUCGGAUGCUGCUUAUUCACAGGUGGUUAUUCCAGAGACACUGUCUCAUUCAAUGUAGAUGUUAGUGGGAUUCUGUCAUCACUGAUGGUCAUCUCCUCGGCAUCUCUCAUCAUCCCAUCUGUUCUGGACUUGACCACACCUUCCACCAAAAAUUCCGUUCAUGAUAGUGUUUUGAGUCUAUCCAGAGCUACCUCUGUUGUUCUCCUCAUAUUCUACAUCAUCUAUCUUUAUUUUCAACUCAAAAGCCAUGACGACCUCUUUACCGACGAUUCAAAAAACGAGACUGAAAACGGCAAAGUUAAAGCCUGGGGUAUCAGUAGGGCUUUCAUUGGACUGAUAGUGGUGCCUGUUAUUGGAAAUGCUGGCGAGUUCAAUACUGCUGUCACAGCAGCCAUGAAGAAUAAUAUGGACCUGUCAAUUGGUGUCAUUGUUGGAAGCACACUUCAGAUUGCCUUGUUCGUGAGUCCAUUCCUAGUAAUAUGCGGCUGGGUCAUUGGGCAACCCAUGUCUCUUCGAUAUAGCACUUUUGAAACUGUGGUGUUCUUCGUGUCGGUGAUUGUGAGGGAUUGCUUGAUCCGUAGCGACCGAUCGAAUUAUUAUGAAGGCUUCUUACUCAUUGGAACGUAA